GAUAAAAAGGAAGAAUUAGAAAAGGAGAUUAGUUUGGCGGAAGCAAGGGGUAAGGAUGUUACAGAUGCUUUAAAAUCUGAAUACUCUUCAGUUUCCUUCAAUGCUUCUUGUCAUGACUCCAAACAACUCGCUUUAAAAUUGUAUAUGAAUUCGUUUUACGGUGAAGUAGGAAAUAGUGACUCCCCUUUCUUCUUGCGAGCAUUAGCAGGUGAAGUAACAUCAGCUGGACAGCGGAAUAUCAAGCUUAUUGCCGACCUUGUCAGAAGUAAAGGAUUUAGCGUAAAAUAUAGGGAUACCGAUUCAUUAUACCUUGUUUGUCCAGAAGAAUAUUUCUGGGAGUGUGAUGAGAAACACAUUUCAGAAAAGAUAUCGAAGGAAAAGUACUGGGAGGAGAUGGUGAGAAUAUCUAUGGAAGCAAUGAGUGAACUCUGGGGUGAAGUUAAUGACUUUCUUAGGGCAGAUAACGGUUCCCCUUAUCUCAAAAUGGCGUAUGAGGAGGUUUUAUUUCCGGUAAUAUUUACUAGAAAGAAAAAAUACUUUGGCAUUCCGCAUAUAAGCAAGCCGAACUUUAAUAACAAGCUUUUCAUCCGGGGAGUUGAGACUGUAAAGCGGAGGCAGUCUAAAUACUUUCGUGAGGUGGACGUGCUCAAAGAGACUAUAAAUGAUAUCUCACAGAUAGAUCUUAAUGAAGUGGUUAAAACUGCUGUGUGGAGACCUGAUAAAAAUAACAAGAGUGUUCAGCGUUUCAUUUCACGAAUGCGGGAUAGACACACCUGUGAAGAAGCGGAUGCUAAAUAA